AAGGAAUACCCUUGUAUCUUAAUCACAGAAUUCUUACGUGUACUAUAAAGGCCUCGAAGGAGUGUGUGUCAUCUCGUGCGAUUGAUUCCUACAGGAGAUGUAGUAAUUUCAUUAUAGAUAAGUUGCGAUGAGUAGAAGAAUUAUCCCUGUACUUCGCCUUGCUGUUUGGUUGUUCUGUAGCUGGCAUCUUCUUGGUAUGCCUCGAGUGUUUGGCGAGCUAGCGCGCGGAUUUGUAUUCGAAAGAGGAGAUUUCUCCUAUAAGAUUGUCCUCGCUCGAGAUGAUUGGCGAACGUUUUAUGAAGCUGAACAGAUCUGCCAGCAGGAGGAAGAUGGUCACCUUGUGAGUAUCGAAACAAGGGACGAGAAUAACUGGAUCAACGACAGGAUACGGGAAGCGGCGCAAACCACAGACAAAGAGACCUUCUGGGUGGGAGCAAAUGACAUGGAGAAAUACGGCACAUACCAGUGGAUUGACGGCCGGGCGCACGUGUUCAGCGAGGUUAUGUGGGAAGCAGGAAGACCCGAAAACAAGCCCCAGGAAUACGAACGGUGCGUCACACUAAGAUCCAGUCCUACGCUGGCAACAUGGGUCGACGUGGACUGUUACGAGGCUUUUGGUUAUAUCUGCAAAACCGAAGGUUUACCAAGCAGGAUAGCAGGGCAUGUGCGCUGGGGAUAUGAAUUUGACUACGGUGAUUACAUCUACAAAUUCGUACUGAUGCCUUACGACAUGCUGACGUGGCCAGAAGCCGAGCUUUACUGCGCAGCCGUAGAGACAGGACACCUGCUAAGCAUUCGGAACGCUACAACCGAGCAAAGACGCAUCCGGCAGCGACUCGGACAGCUUCGGGGAGUCUUCGGGUUUACUCAGCUUUGGAUAGGGGCCAAUGAUCUUGCCAAUGAAGGGAAGUUUGUUUGGAGCGAUAAGACUCUGAUGGGACGACCAAACUGGGCACCAGGACAACCGACCGGGAGAUCAAAUGGCCAGGAGAAAGAUUGUGUUGCCAUGGUGAUGCACCCUAGUCCGGGAAAAUGGCACGAUGAAUACUGCCUUAAUCAGCUUCCUUUUAUAUGCAAGAUACGAAUGUGUAACGUGCGCGCGGAUAUUGGGUUUGCUGUGGACGGGUCUGGAAGCGUAUCACAAGUCGGGUUCACACAGGCCAAGCUCUUCCUUAAAUCUAUCGUCAACAAGUUCGAGAUCUCCGAACGCAGGACGCACGUUGGUGUUAUAAGAUUUUCGUCACACGCUAAACUCAUCUUCAACUUCAACCAGCACUUCACCCCAGACUCCCUCUCUCACGCGAUCGACAAAAUCGAGUUCACAGAAGGAGGGACUAGGACCGAGCGAGCUCUAGAACUAGCGCGUAAGAAGUUGUUUUCCAGGAAUGGUGGAGCCAGGGACCUGGUACCUAAGUUCUUUAUUCUGCUGACUGAUGGACAAUCAGAGAACCCUUUCACUGUUGCUCGAGAGGCAAGGAGAUUAAAGGCGGCCGGUGUGUAUGUCAUUGCUGUGGGGAUUGGGGACGAGGUCUACCGCGAGGAACUGGUGACGAUAGCAUCGAGUCCUCGUGACGUCAUCAGUGUGACGUCAUAUCGUGCUCUUCUCAAAAGAGUUGCGGAGAUAAGGGAUCAUAUAUGUGAUGGGAUCAUCAGCCCCAUAGCAUAGCCGUGGUGGUCGUCCAGUUAUAUCAAGAAAAUGUCAACUCGGAUGCCAUAAACAUCUUGAUAGCAGAAGACAUUUUUAUGGUUAGGACAAAGCACAAUCCGCUACCGGCAUGGGCGCACUUUUUUUAACCCCGCCCUCUGACUCCUUCGUUAAAUUGUGGAUGUACCAAUAUUUGAGAUGACCUUUAUUAUCCAUUGGUGUAGUUGCUUUAUGUGUGUUUUUUCUAGGGAAUAACUAAAAGAUCAGUGUUUCAUAACGAUUUUUUCACUACGAGUCUCCUGUUGACGCUUUCCGCCAUUUUUUACGUAGAUGCACACAGUACGUGGAGUUCAUGUGUGAUAUGUUAAAAAACGGAUCUCCCCAGCAAUGAAAACGAUACCACCCUAAAAGGUCUGCAAGAUUCAGUCAGUUAAAAGUAGAUAAGUAGAUAAGAGUUGAUAUAAGUUCCCAAAAUAUUGUGGGGUGGGAUACAGAAACAUUAAAAAAAAUGUUUGGGGGGAGAGCAAAGCCACCCCCAUUUCGGACCAUUUCCUUGUAUACGUUUUACCGGGGAGGGCAUGUGCACCCAGUGCCCCACCCGUGUUAUGGCCCCUGUCAUGCCGUUUUGAUCGUUCGCCCUCAUGCUCUCUCGGAAACUCUCAUAGACAUCUCAUAGUCACUUUUAACAUGUUCGAAUCCGACAUAUGUGUGGUAUCAAAUAUAUAUAUCUUUUAAGUGAAUUUUUUUUUUUCGUGUCGAUGAUGAAUCCUGUAUUAAAGUAAUUGGAGCUAUAAUAAACCUCCCGGGAAAUGCCAA